CUUGCAUUCAGACCUGUCGCGUUCCGAAGUCGCACGGCCAGAGCAUCGAAGUACGAUGCAUUACGGAGUACACCUUUCUUUCUACUAAUGUACCUGGAGAGGCGGUGCAGUCGACGAAGACAGGAAGAAAACUUUUACCCUCGAAUGAUCAAUGGCCGAUCAUUAUCUUCACGUUCCAAGCGGGUAGGUAAGCAUGGCCCAAUGCGUCGAAAUUCACAUCCGGCCAAUCCAACCCCUUUGUUCCUCACACAUGCACUAUGGAACGCCCAUUUCUUGUCUCAGCUAUUUUCUAUUUUGUUCUUUGUACUCACCAAAUCCUUCCGCCAUCCCUCCGACCCAUCUACUCCUCCUUCGUUCUCCAGAAUGUUUACAAUCUGUUCGACGAUUUGCAUUGCUUACUUAGGGUGCCGGCCCGGAGUGGACCGCAGCGGGUCCAGUGGACCGUGGGGUCCUAGCUCCUGGGCCUCAUGCUAGUAACUCCCUGACCAGAAUCAUGAAUCCCGUCUGUGCACUUUCUGAUAGGGUGAACCUGCUUUUCAUCCCUGGUCUUUACCCCC